AUUUCUGGGAAGCCCGGAGCCAUGCGGUUUCCGUGGUGCUGGAUCCAGAGAUGUGGCCCCUGUAUCUGCAGAAUGUGCCGUAUCAGUCCCGGUGGGAGGUGCUGGUGGCACAGGAGGCACUGGGAGCCAGGAAAUGCUACUGGGAGGUGGAGCUGGGCCAGCAGCGGCGCUGGGUGGUGGGAGUGUUGGGGAGCAGAUGGAGCAUCCCCAGCCUGCAUACCCAGCAUUCCUGGGAUUUCUGGGCUCUUGCCGGAUUCAACAGAGAGCUUUUCUCCUGUGAUUGUGUCAGCCGCCACAAGCUUGGGGAGCAGCGGAAGGGUUUCUCUGUGGUCGGGGUGUUCCUGGACCUGGAGAAAGCGCAGCUGGAAUUUUAUGACGUGGAGCGGAGGGAUCUGAUGGUAGCGAGGUCGCUGCGGGCCGGGGAGAAUCCCGCAGGAAAGUUCUUCCCGUUUGUGUCCCGAGGGGAAGAGGGGCCUCUCCGGAUCUGCCCGGUGCCGAUCCCGGUGCCAAUUUAAAUCUGGGU